AUGACUCCUUUCCAAGCUCUUUAUGGCUUUCCUCCUCCUAUGGUGGCCGAAUCAGCUCUGCCAGAUACUAUUUGUGAGGAUAAUGAGGACUUGCUACAGAACAGACAAUUAGCAGUGGAAGUAAUAAAGCAAAAUCUCUUAAAAGCACAAGCUAGAAUGAAGUUCUUUGCUGACAGAAACAGGAAAGAAAGAGAGUUUGUGGUUGGAGACAUGGUUUAUCUCAAAAUCCAGCCUCACCGACAUACAUCUCUCAGUUUGCACAGACACAUCAAACUCCACUCCAAGUUUUAUGGACCAUUCAAAGUUCUGAGUAAAAUUGGGAAUCACGCCUACAAAUUGCUUCUGCCGAAGGACUGCCAGUUGCAUGAUACCUUCCAUGUCAGCCAGCUCAAGAGGCAUAUUGGCCCAAAGGUGGUGCCCUCCUCCAAACUUCCUUUGGUGGGAACUGAUGGCAUGAUCAGAAUUGAGCCUGAAGCAAUUCUGGAAAGGAAAAUCAUUCCAAGGAAGCAAGGUAAUAUCAGUAUUCCAGUUGUAAGAUGGUUGGUGAAAUGGGAAAAUCUGCCUCAAGAAGAAGCAACAUGGGAAGAUUCAGCUUUCAUUCAGAAGGUUUUUCCUGCAUUCAGAGCUUGA